AUGAAACUAUACGCCAUUUUUCUCGUGCUGCUCAUCGUCGCUGUCGCUUUUACUGAAGCCGGUCGCUUCGGAAAACGUGGUCGCAAGCGUCUUCCAAGAGCUGCUACUGCCCGUCCUGGCCACGACUCCUCGUCCUCAGAAAAAGACUCCCACGUCGCCUCUGCCGAAAUUCGAGCCCGUUUCGACCAGUCGUCCUCCGAAGAAAAGAAACCG